AACUAUAAAAACCCCACAUCACCUACGCACGUUUUCAUACACAGCAACCCAUUAAUCUUUACUGCCAAAAGGGGGGAAAAAGACCAUGGUUUCUGAGCAGCUGAGCCUAUCGAGGAAUGUCUGUGUGAUCGGAGCAGGACCAUCUGGGCUAGUGUCGGCUCGAGAGCUGAGGAAAGAAGGUCACAGAGUGGUGGUUUUGGAACAAAAGCAUGAUGUUGGAGGGCAAUGGUUGUAUGAACCAAAUGUAGAGAAAGAAGAUCCAUUAGGAAGGAACAAGUUCUUAGAAGUGCAUAGUAGCGUUUAUGCGUCUCUAAGAUUGGCUUCGCCAAGGGAGAUUAUGGGUUACACAGAUUUCCCAUUUUUGGCGAAGAAAGGUAGAGACAUGAGGAGAUUUCCUGGGUAUAGGGAACUUUGGCUGUACCUUAAAGAUUUUUGUGAUCACUUUGGUUUAAGAGAGAUGAUAAGGUUUAACACUAGGGUAGAGUAUGUGGGCAUGUUGGAUUAUGGUGAUGAGUUCAAGAAAGAUUUGAAAUGGGUUGUAAAGAGCAGAAGAGAGGAAAAAAAUGGAGAUUAUAAAGAAGUAGAUGAGGUGUUUGAUGCAGUGGUGGUUGCUACUGGUCAUUACUCUCAGCCUAAGAUAAAUCCCAUUAAAGGAAUGGAUACAUGGAAGAGGAAGCAAAUGCACAGUCAUGUUUACAGAGAUCCUGAGCCAUUUCGCAAUGAGGUAGUUGUGGUUGUGGGGAAUUCAAUGAGUGGCCAAGAUAUAUCCAUGGAGCUUGUAAAAGUAGCAAAGGAAGUCCACCUCAGUGCCAAAUCCCUUGAGAUCACACUGGGUUUAUCCAAAGUCAUUUCUAACCAUGAAAAUCUCCAUCUUCGUCCACAGAUAGAAUGUCUUGAAGAAGAUGGCAGGGUCGUAUUUGCAGAUGGGUCUCAGGUCGUAGCCGACACCAUCUUAUACUGCACAGGGUAUACAUACUCAUUCCCGUUUCUUGACACUAAAGGAAUAGUAAGCUUGGAAGAUGGUAGAGUGGGACCUUUGUAUGAGCACACCUUCCCUCCAUCGCUUGCUCCUUCUCUCUCUUUUGUUGGCAUACCUAAAAAGAUCAUAGGGUUCCCUUUCUUUGAGUCACAAGCAAAAUGGAUAUCUCAACUGCUGUCUGGGAAAAGAAGCCUUCCGUCAUGGGAUGAAAUGAUGAAUGCCAUUCAGGAAUUUCAUCAAUCAAGGGAUUCUGCUGGUAUUCCUAAGCAUAAAACCCAUGAAAUUGCAGAUUUUGAGUAUUGUGACAGAUAUGCAGAUCAUGCUGGAUUCCCACACUUAGAAGAAUGGAGGAAGCAGCUCUGCAUGUCAGCCUUAGUAAAUGCUUAUGCCAACUUGGAAAUAUACCGUGACUCCUGGGAUGACCAUGACCUGCUUCAAGAGGCUUUUCAAAGUUCUCAUUUCACUCAACCACUUGGGGUUCAAGAUUUUACUGUUUAGACUUUCUUUCUGGGUUUUGUUUGGACCUCUCUGUUUAAUAUGUAUCUUUCUAUCUAUUUAUGAUUCAUUGUAUUAGAUGGAAGG